UGUUCCAGCUCGCUAUACGUUUUCCGUUUGUCGUUCUGCUAAUUGAUGCAGAAUGGUAGAUUGCCUUCGCCAAAGUUGCCAACUUACUGUUUAAUGUGGUCUGCGUGUGUAUUUUGUUAUUGUUUAUCGUUUCCAUCUGGUGUGUGGUUUACUGAUACCAGCGUGAUAAUCGGGAGAAAAGUGAUGCCUCGCUCGGUUGUGUAUGCUUUCCCAAGAAGCGUUUGAGAAUAACAAAUUGUGUGUAUCCGAAGAUAAGCUUUCUUCAGUAGGUUCUCCCAACAGCGAUGGUAUCAAUUGCGGGAAUCUAGCGGUUUGUUGCCAACACAACCCCUAAGCACACAGAAGAAAUUACAAAAUCGGUCACAAAGAGGAAAAAAACCUCGUCCUCGAAAGCUAACGCCUAUGGCAGCCCGUGUUACAACACGGAGCACAUGAAGCAUAAAUUGAUGUGCAUCAUGUAAUCGACCCGUACGACGAUGAAGGAGGAAAAGCGUCAACGCAUCUGCAACCAACCGGACCGUGUUUAAAUGGUCCGAUCAGCCAAUUGUGCUGAAUUUUGAUGCACCACUGAAGGGAAUUGAAUCGGUUCCAAUGAGGAAAAUCGCCAAACCAGACAACGUAAAGAUGCCCAACAUGGAGCAGGAAAUCGGCAGCUGGGACUCGGUGCUGCUGGAGAACCUCUCGGAAGAGAGCUUCAUCAACAACCUUCACCAGCGCUACAAACGGGAUUUGAUAUACACCUACAUAGGAACUUUUCUGGUUGCCCUGAACCCGUACAAAACCCUGCAAAUCUAUAACCCGGAACAGGUUCGAAAGUAUGCUACCAAAAGCCUUUUUCAGCUACCGCCCCACAUAUUUGCUUUGGCAAAUUCGGCGCACCAGUUCUUACUGAACUACAACGAAGACCAGUGCAUAAUAAUGGCGGGCGAAUGUGGUUCCGGCAAAACAGAGUCCUCGCACAUGAUAGUCCACUUCCUGACGCAGCUCUCCGAGAUGCGGCGCAGCCGGGCCCCAAUCUUCUCGCUGCGUGGCUCCAAUCCAAACUCGCGACAAUCGACACCGAAACAUUCUACAAUCAGCCGCGUUGGCUCGUCUUUCGAAAGUGCCACUCCGGUCGGCGGCAGGUUGGACAGUAUCAUGAAGUACAACAACUCGUCGCGGCAACAAAAAUGCUCGCACGAAAAAACGGUCGAAUUUGAUUUGAUUUCGCACCACAAGAGCUCGGAGAACCUGCCGGCGAUGGCCAACUACGGCUUUAUGCCCGUCACCAGUCUGCCCAAAUGUUUGAAACACUCCAACCAAUCGAUCAGUCGCUCGACCGAGGGCAACGAGUUCCCGACCAAAUCGACGCUCAAAUCUACCGCCGGUAGCGCUGGUGGGGGCACCGGAUGCCCGAAGCACAACUGUACCAGCAGCCACGCGGACCUCAAUCGCAUGUGCGGAGCGUCCCCUUCGCCAUCGCUCCAGAAACGGCACCCGAUGCGCUGCUGCCAUCAGAACAGCAACAGCAGCACCCGCUCCAUCCACAAGUCUUCUUCAUCGAUCGCGCUGACGUACGAGCACGGGACCACGUCGCCGUUGACGUUCCACCGGCGGCAGAUGUUGAAGUCGAUCUCGAAGGAGGUGUACAUAAGGGAUCUGGAGCUGCAGAAGAUGCGCGAACGGGUGGCGCAGGCGGAGAUUUUCCUGGAGGCGAUGGGAAAUGCGGUCACGGGGAAGAACACCAACUCGAGUCGCUUUGGAAAAUUUUUUGAUAUUGAAUUCGAUUACAAGGGCGAUCCCGUCGGUGGUCACUUAACUUUGUACAUGUUGGAAAAGUCCCGUGUAACCACACGCCCUUCCGGGGAACGAAAUUUCCACAUUUUCUACCAAUUGCUCUCCGGUGCCGACAUUCAACUGCUCAAAUCACUUAAACUUCAGCGAAAUAUCGAUAAAUAUGAACUGCUGAAAAAUAGCUACGGAAAUGAAGACGAUCGAACCAAUUUCAUCUUCACGAAGCGUUCGUUGGAAAUUUUGGGUUUCGGUCAGGAGGAAAUCUUUUCGAUUUUUACAAUCUUGGCUGUCGUGCUGAAGCUGGGCAACCUAACGUUCAUUCCGACCACCAACAUCGACGGGAGUGAGGGAUGUGAAAUAUCCAACGAGUAUGAAUUGGAUGAGAUCGCACAGCUGCUGCAGCUCGACAACCAGCUACUGUUCAACUGCUUGACCCACUUCGGUGACAACUGGGGAGAGUUGGAAGCGGACGGACUUGAGAUUGAUGCCUGCUAUGCCUCGCGUCUCAAGUUCACCCUGUGUCGGACGAUGUACGGCCGACUGUUUGCGUGGAUCGUUACGCGCGUAAACGAGUCGCUGAAACUGAAAUCGUCCGGAACGUCAAGUCGAGGGAAAACGAUUGGCUUAUUGGAUUUCUACGGGUUUGAGGCAUUGGAGAAAAAUUCAUUCGAUCAGUUCGCGAUCAACUAUUGCAACGAACGGUUGCAACAGCAUUUCGUAAAAAACGUUCUCAAACACCAGCAAGAUCUGUACGUGAGCGAAGGUUUGGAUUGGAUACGGAUCGAUUUUUUCGACAACGCAGCAAUCUGUGAACUCAUCGAUAAACCGUGUUAUGGCAUACUGCAUCUACUCGAUGAGCCACAGGUCGUAAACGAUGGGCUACUGUUGACUCGUCUUCAUCAGUGCUGUGCCGGGCAUGCGAACUUUCUCGCCCGGGAUGCAACACUGCCUUCAAAUUGUUUCCAAGUGCGGCACUUCGAAGGUCCGGUGGUGUACACGACGAACGGGUUUACCGAAAAGAACCUGGACCUGCUACCGAAGCACAUCAGCAGCUGCCUGUUUCAGAGCGAUCUGCCCGUCGCGUCCUGCCUGUUCCCGGAGGGUAACCCGAAGCGUCACUCGAGUCGCAAACCGUCGAGCUUAAGCACCAACCUACGGACCUCGCUGCAGACCCUGCUGAAGCUGCUCGAGCAGCGCUCCAAUCACUACAUUUUCUGCAUCAAACCGAACGAGCUGAAGCAAGCUAAAAUGUUCGAGUUGGGUUUGGUGCAGCAUCAGGUUCGCUAUCUAUGUCUUAUGCCCCUCAUUAAUCUGUGGCGCAAUGGGCACUGUUUCAACAUGGUGCAUGCACGGUUCGUGGCGCGCUACAAGCUGCUUUGUCAGUACACUUGGCCACACUUCACUGGCACGAUGGUGGACGGAGUGGCGUUAAUUAUAAGGAGCGUACCGUUGCCCGGUGCCGAGUUUACCAUCGGCCGAAAGAAGGUGUUCAUCCGGAGUCCGCGCACGGUUUACGAGCUGGACGAGUUCCGGAAGGUGCGACUGAACGAACUGGCGGUACUGAUACAAAAAAUGUACCGCUGCUAUACGAAGCGGAAACGGUUCAUGGCACUGCGGCGAAGUCAGCUCAUCAUCGCAAGCUACUGGCGCGUUUGGAGGGAACGGGAAAAAAUACGUAUAGUGGAGUUCCGGAAGCAAGCACAAUGGGCCGUACAAGUGAUCGGAAGAUUUUUCGUCCUACUUAAGACUCGUGAGUUUCUCCUGACGCUGCUGUUACGCCUACCGCACGACAACAUGAGCCCCAUCUGCCACGAGUGGCCAUCGGCGCCAACUUUUCUCGCCGAAACGUCACAACUGCUGCGCACAAUCUUCCACCGCUGGCGGUGCUACAAGUACCGCAAAUCGUUCGAUCAACCGGCUCGCAAUCGCAUGCGCGAGAAGGUGACCGCCAGCAUCAUCUUCAAAGAUCGCAAGAUCUCCUACCCGCGCAGCGUGGCUCACCCGUUCCACGGGGACUACAUUCGGCUGCGGCAGAAUAUCCAGUGGAAGCGGGUCAGCUGUGAGCACAACGACCAGUACGUGGUGUUUGCGGACAUCAUCAACAAGAUCGCACGCUCGAGUGGGAAGUUCAUUCCCAUCCUCCUGGUCAUCUCGACCAACUCCAUGCUGCUGCUGGACCAGAAAACCAUGCAGAUCAAGUACCGCAUUCCGGCGUCGGAAAUCUACCGGAUGUCACUCAGCCCGUAUUUCGACGACAUUGCCGUCAUACACAUCCGCGCGGAUAACUAUUGCUCGUCGAACAUGUCCGACCGCUCGGAAUCACCCACCGGCUGCUUGUUUCAGUCCGAAAUCGGCAAAAAGAAAGGCGACUUCGUGUUCCAGACGGCGCACUCGAUCGAGAUAGUGACGAAACUGUUCCUGGUCAUCCAAAAUGCCACUGCCAAGUCACCCGAAGUUACCAUAAGCACCGAUUUUGAGGCCAACUUUGGCGGACAGACAGUCAUCUUCACCUUCAAGUGCGGUGGCCUCGUGGACAACCCGUACAAUCAGACACGCGUCACGCGCAAAGGCAACCGGAUGGAAGUGAUCGUGUAACAGCACGCCUCCCCACCGGCGCAACCACCGGCGCUCGUGGACUGCCGUGCCCGGCGCCGUUCGCUGCUGGUGGUCGACAGCUACACCGACGACGACGGGAUGGAGUUUGGCGUACGUGGGUUGGAGUUUGCGUGAACCUCCAACCAGAUGCCAGGUCAAAAUGGCUAACGGUAAAGCUGGUAAGCAUACGCGGCGAAGUGUUGUAAUCGACAAAACGGUGGUCAUAUGAUGGGUUCUUCAGAGUAUUUUUUCAUUCUAACGAUCGAGAGCGGAGUGGUACACUAUUGUUGGUCGACACUUCCACCACAAGCAAUUCCAAGAGAUCCCUUUAGCAACCCUAAUAGAGACUAACACUCCGCACUCGGAAACGAUAAACUAGCUUCGUUAGCAUAUUUCCAAGAGAAUCUAUUUCUGAUGCAUUCAAUUAACGGAAAACAUAGGCAAUAGAGUGGUAAAAUAGCGAAGGAUGGCAGCCAACACGUUAAAAGCGCAUGGUGUGCAACCUGCGCUUCGGUGUCAUUAGGUUGAUCGUAUAGAUUUUUUUAAAUGUUCAACCAUGUUCCUUUCUUCCUGUAUGUACCAUAGUUGAAUGGUAGUUGAAUGGAGUUGAGUGUGUGUAUGUAUGUAUGUAUGUGUGUGUGUUUGUGCGCGUGUAUGUUUGUAUGGCAAUGGCUGUUUUUAUAAAACCUUUCUUAGGUAAAACCGAACAAACAAAUGAUCGUUAUCUGAUUCUAGCAGUAGCAACACAGUUUGAUGGGUAGAAGAUCGAAUUUAACCGAAUUUCCAAUAUGCACACACACACACACACACGUUUCACCACGUGACGGAGGAAAUAGCGGAGCUUUAGGAUCCAUUAGGAAACGAAUUGAUCAAUGUUUAGACCCAGCACGGGAAACCUAUGAGCGGGGUUUAUAUUACGGUACCGGAUAAUGAGUGCAAUAUACAGCAGUCUUCGAUGGCGCGUAACCGAGAAGGUAAACCAAUUGACGCUUGCGCUGGGGAAAGAAGGAAAAUUUCACAAAUUAUUUUAGAUACUGUAGACAGAAUCCCAUGCACCUUCGGAGAAAUGCAUCGGUUAAAAUGUGACCAGUGUUGUGCAGUGUAUUUAUGUUUAUUUGUUGUUUUUAAUACUUGAAUAUUUUCAUAUAAUUUUUGAAAAAUCAUUAUUUGUUUGCGUUAUCGAAAACUUUCAAAGUUCAGACAUGUUGUUGCACUGAAAGCGCUAAGCAACGUUUAGGCCAAUGCAACCAAGAUUACUUUUUGUUACUCAUCGACGAAAGUUGGUAUCGUUCAUAAUGGACUGAAAAUACAGCGGCGGACUAAAAGGCAUCGUUUGACGUACGCGAACACCCAUUUAACGUUUUCGCUCAACUGCGAAGAGAGAAAACUGCGG